AUGGUCCGAAUCAGCGAAUUCGCCGUGGAGCGUUGGAUGGACCUCUACGAAAACGACGCGAAGCACAAUCUAGCCGAAACAUGCUGUGCCUCAAUCUCUCUGAAUGAUUUAUUGUCUCUUUCCAACAAGAAAAAUCUGGUGGACUAUAGCCAGAAGCAGGUCUACGGUGCGAUCCGGGGCUCAGAGGCUCUGCGAACCAAUAUUGCGAAUCUAUAUUCCCAGUCUGUCACCGCGAAAGAUGUCCUCGUGACGAAUGGCGCUAUUCAAGCAAACUUCCUGGCACUCUAUACCAAUAUCGGCCCUGGAGACCAUGUUAUUUGCCAGUACCCGACGUAUCAGCAGCUAUACUCCGUGCCCGAAUCUUUUGGUGCGGAGGUCAGUCUGUGGCGGUCGAAUGGGGAGGAGGGAUGGAGGUUGGAUAUGGAAGAACUAAAGGAUUUGGUUCGGCCCGAUACGAAGUUGAUCAUUUUGAACAACCCCCAGAAUCCUACCGGUGCUAUUCUUCGCCGGGAAGAGUUACAAGCAAUUGUUGAUAUUGCGCGUGAGCAUGAUAUCCUCAUUCAUUCUGACGAGGUGUAUCGGCCUCUCUUCCAUUCUCUCAACCAGGGCGAGGAGGUCCCCCCGUCUAUCCUUGAGUUUGGAUAUGAAAAAGUGGUUUCGACUGGUUCCCUGUCCAAGGCAUUCAGCUUGGCCGGUAUCCGGCUGGGUUGGAUUGUGUCGCCGAACCCCGAUAUCAUUGAAGCAUGUGCCUCUGCUCGUGAUUACACUCUUAUCUCAGUUGGUCAGAUCGAUGAUGGUGUAGCUGCACAUGCAUUGUCAAGUCCGUGCGUGGGAAAUCUGUUGCAGCGCAAUAUUCAACUGGCAAAGCGGAAUCUGGACAUGCUUGAAUCGUUUGUGGAUGAGUUCAGCUGGGCCGUGAAGUGGACCAGGCCUUUGGCUGGAACGACUGCAUUUGUCAAAUUUGUUGACAGGGAAGGACGGGCCAUCAAUGAUGUUGUCUUUUGCCAAAGACUGCAAGAGACGACUGGAGUGCUGCUGGUACCUGGCAGCCAAUGCUUUGGAGAUGGUGUAGAUUUCCGUGGCUUUGUGCGAGUAGGCUAUGUUCCCGAGCACGAGGUGAUGGUCAAUGGCCUGCAAGGUGUGAAGAAGUUCAUGCGUGAUGAGUAUGAGAAGCUGCCGUUGGCGUAG